CAACGUAAUCGGGAAAUGGCCAGCGUGCUCAUUAAAGGAGCGGCAUCAGUCCUCUCAUCUUCUAAAUCCGCUGCUCAUUCUCGCCGCACUCUCUCUCGUCUCUCUGCUUCCUUCGUCUCCUCACGGUCCAUGGCCGCCACCGCCUCCGAUGGCUUUCAGAAAGUUCAGAUCACCAGAGACGACACCACUUUUGAUGCUUUUGUUGUGGGCAAAGAGAAUGCUCCAGGGAUAAUUGUGUUGCAGGAAUGGUGGGGUGUUGAUUUUGAGGUCAAGAACCAUGCUCAGAAAAUUGCGAAACUUGGUUCAGGUUAUAGAGCUCUGAUCCCAGAUUUGUACCGUGGGAAGGUUGGUCUAGAUACUGCUGAGGCUCAGCAUCUGAUGGAGGGUCUUGACUGGCAAGGUGCUGUUAAGGAUAUCCAAGCUUCAGUUAACUGGCUCAAAGCUAAUGGUUCGCAAAAGGUUGGCGUGACUGGGUAUUGCAUGGGAGGUGCACUAUCCAUUGCAAGCGGUGUUUUGAUCCCUGAAGUUGAUGCUGUGGUUGCUUUCUAUGGAGUUCCUUCAUCAGAACUUGCUGAUCCCACUCAGGUCAAGGCACCUGUACAGGCUCAUUUUGGAGAGUUGGAUACCUUCGUUGGGUUCUCAGACGUCACUGCAGCAAAAGCACUAGAAGAGAAGCUGAAAUCUUCUGGCGUUCCGCACGAGGUUCACAUCUAUCCUGGCCGUGCACAUGCUUUCAUGAAUGACUCACCAGACGGCAUGAAGAGGAGGAAGGAUAUGGGAUUGAACGACGAGGACCCUGCCACUGUUGAAUUGGCUUGGUCCCGCUUUGCUUCAUGGAUGGGUAAAUAUCUGUCCUCUGCAUAGGAUCCCUUUCCAAAUAUGUUGUCCUUCUUAGAUGAGUCUAGCUUUAUGAAUAAACUGGCAGAUGUGUGAUAAAUGUUGUCAUAAUCUGAGCGAAAACUUCCAUCCUCUAUCACUAUGCGCUAUUUUGUAUGCUAGUAUCUUGUGUGUUUGUCGCAUGAUGUUGUUUUGUUUAGUGCUGGUUCUGUUCAUGUCAAACUGUUUCUUCAUA